AUGUCGACUGAUUUCAAAAGCGCUGAUCAGAAGCUGAAACAAAUCUUGGACAAGUCCAAGGAUGUUGAUCCUGAUUUAAGAUUCAUGGCGUUAAACGAUUUGAAUAAACUGUUGGUUGAACACAAUCUUAUCAUUAAUAAGGUCAAUUCUUAUUCAAGUAAAAUAAUCAAAAUAUUAUUGGAUAGUUUGAAUGAUCCAAAUUCAGACGUUCAAAAUCAAUCGUUAAAAUGCUUCAAGCCUUUAGUGUCAAGUUUAGACGAUCAAGAAAUUUUGGAAAUUUUGAGAGAUUUAAAUGCUGGUCAAACAACAAGUGCUUCAAUUACAACGUCAAUCCAAACAAUGGCAAUUAAUGAGAUUUUGAAAAAUUUAAAUUUGAAACAUAGCUCUACUGGAUCUUUAAUAGUUGUGGAAUUAUUACCAAGCUUGAUCUCGAAUGAAUCUGGAUUAAUCACUUCGUUGGAUUCAAUUGAAAUUUUAACAGACUUGAUCAAUAAUUUGGGUAGUACAAUCCCAAGUAAUGAGCUGUCUAAAAUUUACACAGCUUUGGUAAAGACAAUCUUUGGUGAAGUUAAUAUUAUUAGUAAGAAAUCGGUUGUCGCAUUAGGCUACUUGGUUAAUUCAUUAUCGGUUGAAGAAUUCGAAAAUGUUAUAGUUUUGAUUCAGAAUUCACAUGGUGAUAGUUAUGAAGAUAUCAAUCUGACCUUGCUAACUUUCAAUUCUUUAGCUAAAGCAAAUCAUGACCUUUUCAUUCCAUAUCUACAGCAAGUCUUGGAUUUUAGUUUCCACCAUUUAUACUUGAACAAUGAAGAUUUAGAUGAUGACCAAAUCAAAAUUGAUGAAGUUAGAUAUGAAGCUUUACAAUUGAUUGCUAGUUUGGUUUCAAUUGGUGAAUCUUUCAAACCAUUCAUUAGCACGAUUUUGACAAUUGUUCAAAAAUUCUUAACUUAUGACCCAUAUACAAACAAUUAUGAAGAAGAAGAAAUGGAUAAUGACUUAUCUGAUGAGGAAGAAUUUUCAGAUGAUGAAGAUUUUGAUGAUAUGGAGGAAGAAAGUGAUGAUAAUACCUGGAAAUUACGUAAACAAGCUGCAAAAUUAUGUUCAUUAUUAGUUGUUCAAUUUCCAACUAUACUGUUUCAAAUUUAUUCAGAAGGUAUUUUUGAAACGUUAAUCAAUUCAGUUUCUGAUUCUUCUGAAACUGUUUCAUUUGAAAAAAUCCAUGCUAUGGAUUCUAUUAUUGAAGUCACUAUAAAACAACAUGGCAAAAGAUCAAAUCGUAAAAGAAGAGGUUCUGAUGUUAGUAUGUCAGAUAUUGAUGAUUCAUUAACUCAAAUGAAUAAAUUGAGAGGUAAAAUUGUAUCAAGAUUCAUUAAAGAACUUUCAAAUGUUAAACAUAACAAUUUGAGCAAAUUCAAUACUUUAUUACAAUUUUUCCAAAGAUUCAAUAGAUUAGAUGAAGAUUUAAAACCAUUAUUAAUUGCUAUAAGAGAACACAAUUUUGGUUUGAAUUUAGAUUUGUUAAAAUUUUAUUCAUCUCUGCUUAAAAAUAAUGAUUUGGAAUAUUUUGGUGGUGAAUUAAAUUAUAUUAUUGAAACUAUUAAUAGUGGAUUAACAAGUAAAAACCAUAUUAGUAUUUUAAACUCCAUUGAAGCAUCUAUUGAUUUGUUGAAUUUGGCAUAUAAUGAAACUUUAACCAAUUCAAUUAUUGAAAUUGCAAAUACUAAUAAAAAUGAUUCUGAAAUUAGAAAUACUGCAAUUCAAAGUCUUGGUGAAUUGAGAAAAUUACCACCAAAGAAAAUUAAUGAUUUACAUGAAUUAUUUGUUGAUACUUUAAAAUAUGAACCAAUUGUUGUUAGUACUAUAAAAUCAAUUACUGGAUUAGUUGAAUUUUAUAAUGAUACAAUUGAAAAUGAAGUUAUUAAUAAGAUUGUCAAGAUUUAUGAGAAAUUAGUUUUGGAUUUUAAUUAUAGUAUCAAUGUUAUUGAAUCAUUAGGAGUUAUUGUUCGUUAUUUUGAAAUUGAUUCUUCAAUUGGAGAUUUAUUAUUAAAAUUAUUUGAAGAAGAUAAAUAUCAAUCACAAAUCCUAAGAGUUGUAUCAAAUCUGAAAUUUGACAAAUCAAAAUUGAAAUCAAUUUUCUUGAAGGCUUCCACAAUUGAUGAGAUUGAUGAUGGUGCAAUAAUUGAAUUGGGUAAAAGAAUUGGAUCUGAAUUGAUUCCAAACUUGGAAUCUGAUACUUCAAACAUAAGAAAUAUCAAAGUAUUGGCAGAAAUUGUUAUUAAUGAAAAUUUGAUUGAUUAUGUUCGUGCAAGAGAACAAGAUUUGGUACAAAAUAAUAAUGAUUUGAUCUUUAAUAUCAGACUUUUAGGUUAUGUUGGGGAAAAAAUUACCUUGGCUAUUUCUAUUGAUCAAUUAUUAAGCCAUUUUGCUGAUGAUGAAACUAAAGUUUAUGCAGCUGAAGCUUUAGGAAGAAUGAUUUCCAAAAAUAGUAAAGAAUAUUUGGCUGGAUUUUUACAAAAAAUUCAAAAUGAUGAAUAUCGUUAUUUGUUAUUGAUUUCCAUCAAACAAGUUUUAAAGAUUAACAAUGGUUUAGUUUAUAAUGAUUUUAAUGAUAUUUGGAACACUAUAAUUUCAAUUUUAGAGAGAGAGGAAGAUAUUGAUGAUGAUUUAGCUAAAAUAUCUGCACAAAACUUGGGAUUAAUACUUGUUAAAAAUAAUGAUACAAAUUAUUUCUAUAAUAAGGCUUCAGAGUUAAUUGAUUCAAAUUCAAACUCAAUUGUUUAUACAAUUAUUGCAUCAAUGAAAUUUAUAUUGGCAUAUGAUAAUCUUAUUUCAAUUGAGUUAAUUGAGUCCAUAUUAUUACAAGUUUUCAAUAAGAUUUCAGAUGAAAAUUUAAAGAUUAAGCAAAUUUCAGUGAUUACAUUGAUUACAGUUUUAAAUAAUCAAUUCAAUUUAUUGAUUCCAUAUUUACCAACAGUUUUACCAAUUGUUUAUGAAGAAUUGGCAAUGAGAAAACAAUAUCAAGAAACUAUUCAAAUUGGACCAUUUAAACAUAAAGUUGAUAAGGCAUUAGAAGUUCGUAAGAAUUCAUUUGAAAUCUUGUACAAGUUGAGUUUAAAUCAUCAUUUAUUGAAUAAUGUUGAUUAUAAUCAAGUUUUGUCUAUGGUUAUUAAACAUGGGUUAAGCAGUGAUAUUAUCAGUAUAAGUUCACUGAUUAUUAUAAAAUUAUUGGAAUUUGAUGAUGUUUUAUUAAGUGUUGAAGAUAAACAAUUUUUAAGUAAUGGUAUUGAUAAACUGUUGGGUAAUAUUAAGAAGAAAGAAGACCAACAAAAAGAUUCAAAAGAGGAGCAAGAAACAAAAUCGGUUUUGAUCAAUUUGAGAAAGUCUAUAUUUGAUUAA